AUGUACCGUCAAAUAUUGGUGUUCCCCGAAGAUGCUGAUACUUACCAACGAAUCCUUUGGCGCUCAGACGCAUCCGAAGAUAUCAAGGAGUAUAGAAUUCUUCGCGUGACUUUCGGUACAGCAUCUGCUCCCUACCUUGCGGUUCGAACUCUUCAUCAAAUCGCUGAUGAUGAAAGCAAGAAUCAUCCCAAAGCAGUUCAAAUAAUUAAAGAAGAUUUCUAUAUGGACGACUUGAUGGGUGGAGCCGAUACUGUGGAAGAAGCUGUAACUGAAGCCAAAGAAGUUGAUGAGAUUGUAAAGAAGGGAGGUUUCACUCUGACUAAAUGGGCUUCAAACAAUCUUGACUUCAUGCAAUCCAUCAAACCAGCAGAUCGAUCUAGGAGUGCACAUUUCAACCUCAACAUUGAUGGAACCGUAAAGGCCUUGGGUAUUAAAUGGAAUAUGGGUACAGAUAAAUUUAAAUAUGAAGUUAUCUUACCAACCAUUCAAGCAACUGUCACCAAGAGAAGUGUUUUGUCCGACAUACAGAAACUCUUUGAUCCGCUUGGUUGGAUAGCGCCAAGCAUUGUUAUGACGAAGAUUCUUAUUCAAAAAUUGUGGCUAGAAAGGUUGAACUGGGAUGACAAAAUCAGUUCACAUUUGCUGGACGAAUGGCUUACUAUCCGAUCAGACUUCCAACAAGUCAACGAGAUUGAAGUCGAUAGAUGGAUUGGUACAACGAGCAAAAUGAGCGACAACUUACAGAUUCAUGGCUUUUGCGAUGCUUCAAUGCAAGCAUACGCAGCGCUUGUGUAUGCUAGGAUCAAAACUGAAGACGGAACAAUCAGAACAAAAUUGAUUGCUGCCAGAACCAGAGUUGCGCCAUUGAGAACGAUCUCGCUACCUAGAUUGGAAUUAUGCGGCGCUUUGCUGCUGGCUCGUCUGCUCAAGCAAGUUGCACAAGCAAUAUACCAUCAUCACAAAUAUUUGCUUGGACAGACUCAUCAAUUGUUCUUGCUUGGCUUGCAGGAGAUCCACAUAAAUGGAAACUGUUUGUAG